GGCGUGUAUUUCUGGGUGGAGGUGUAGCUCUUCCCACUGUGAAUGACUUGAAAGAAGACAAACAAAACAAAUGAAAGAAGAAACAGUCCGACACAAGCAGCGAGCGGUUCUCACGGGAAGCCGAAGGAAUACUUUGCUCCUUUAAACUCUUCAAACCCUCUCCCUGCGUUCACCUGUAUGACGGCGUGAAGAAACGAGGCACUAAGCUAUGGAGAGCACCGUUGAGGCCUCCCAGAGUGGAGGCCUGCCUAGAAAAAAGCCAGCUCUGCCCCCAAAACCCAGUCUCGCCCCCAAGCCUUUCUCUCUGCAAAAUAACAGCACAAUUCGCUCCUUCAGUGCUCCAAAGGCUGCUCCCAAAGCUACAACUACACCCAAGUCACAAAAACCUCAGGCCCAAAAACCAGAGACAAAAAGUCACCCAUCCACAGUUGUGACCACUCCUGCUAAGAAACUGCCUCAACCUACUUCAGCCUCAGCUCCCAAAGCUCCAUCUGCAAAAGUGCCACCUAAAUCUAAACCAGAGGAAACAAAAACAAGUGCUGCACCUCAACAGAAAGAGAAUGGUCUUGGUUCUGAGGCAGGUGCACUGAAUCCAGACACUAAAGCAGCUCCGCCUAAAGAGGAACCCAAGUCACCAACAGUCCAGAAAGACAGUGUCAUCCAAACAAACCACCAAAAACCCAAAGAGGCUGUUGCUGCUAAUGUGGAGAAGAACAAUGGAGAGGAACCACAGAGUGAUACUCCAGUUUCUUUUGACCAGAAGAUGGUGGAGACAAGCAAUAACAGUUCUGGAGCAAACAGUCCAGUAUGCCAGCAGGGAAGCACACGGAAGCGUCUCCCUAAAGAGCUCACCUCAAAGUUUGAGUCAGGUGGGGUCCCUAAGCCUCCCCAACCUAUGAAAGCUAUUCCUAAACCUAUUGCCAAAGAUGAGCCUUAUAAACCAGAAUCCUCUGAAACACAACACAGUCAGACAACACCAGAGCCUCCGGUCAGAGAGAGUGAUCCUGAUGCACCAAAGGAGGAUUUUACUGGUGGAAACAGCAUUAAAAAGAGAAUCAGUCUCUUGUUUGAGUCUGUGUCAAAGCCAGAGGUCACAACCAAAAGAGAUGAGCCAGAAAUUCCUAAUGGGACCCAAGUUGUGAAGAAGCAGAUCAAAAACUGGGUGGCAGAAACAGGUCCGGAGGAUCAGAAGGUUGAAAAGAAGACUACGCCUACAGCUAGAGCUCGCUCCAAGAGCUUUGAACGUGAAGCUGAGAAAUUGCCUGAAAAACCAGAAGUGGAGGUUUGUGCAGAAGAAGAGACGCCCACCCAGUCGACAGUUUCUGCAUCUUCAGAGAGUCAAACUGAACCACAAAAUGAGUCGAGAACGGACAAUAAAUCCUUAGAAAAUGCAACCGAUGCAGCAUCAGUGACUGACAAACCAAAGGAAGAUGAUGUCGGGCUGCAGAAGAACCAUGUUGCUGCUGCUGAUAAAAAGGACUUGACCUCUGACAGUGCGCUGAAGAAGAAGAAGAAAGCCAAACGCCGCUCUGUUCGCUUUGGAACUGUGGUGGCAGAUGACGGUGGACCUCCAGUGAUGCUGAGUCCAGACCCUGAAUCCAGUGAAGAUGAAAAGCAAAGCAAGGAUGCUGAGGUUGAAAGCAAGAAGGAAGAGGAGGCCGUCGUUCCGAUACCCGUCUACAGAACAGUUGGCAUUCUCCAGAGGAUGAGGUUUGAACAAAUGCAGAAGGAAGAGGAGGGUUUACAGGGCAGACUUGAGCUGGAAGGGGAGCAAAAAAGAGUAGAAGAGGAAGAAGUGAGGGAGAAAGAGGAAGCAAGACAGAGAGAACUGGAGAGAGAAAGGUUAGAGGAAGAGAGAAGAGAAAUGGAAAGACUAAGAGAAGAAAAGAUUGAAAAAGAAAGGCAAAUGGAGCUGCUAAGACAGAAAGAGUUAGAGGAGGAAAUAGAGAGGGAAAGGUUGAGGCUGGAAGAGGAGGAAUCUACAAUGAGGCAGGAAGGAGAGAGACAGAUGCAAAGAGAAAAGGAGGAGAGACGCAAGAAACAGAAACUGGAAGAGGAAGAAAGAGAGCAGGAGUUAGAGCUGAUGAAGAGGAAAAAACAGGAGGAGGAGGAGAGACUCAGACAAAAGCAGCUGGAAAAUCAAAAGUUAAGACAGGAGGAAGAGGAAAGGGAGAAGAUUAGGAAACUGAAAGAGGAGGAGGAGAUAAACAGAAGGAAACUUGAGGAGCAAAGAUUGAAGGAGUUGGAUCUGAUUAGGCAGAGGAAGGAGGAAGAGGAGGAGGAGAGCCUAAGGCAAGAAGAGCUCGAAAAAGAAGAGUUAAGACAGGAGGAAGAGGAGAAGGCCAGGAAGCUGAAAGAGGAAGAGGAGAUAAAAAGAAGGAAGCUUGAGGAGCAAAGAUUGAAGGAGUUGGAUCUGAUUAGGCAGAGGAAGGAGGAAGAGGAGGAGGAGAGCCUAAGGCAAGAAGAGCUCGAAAAAGAAGAGUUAAGACAGGAGGAAGAGGAGAAGGCCAGGAAGCUGAAAGAGGAAGAGGAGAUAAAAAGAAGGAAGCUUGAGGAGCAAAGAAAGAAGCAGUGGGAGUUGAUGAUGCUGAGAAAGGAAAAGGAGGAGGAGAUAGAGAGGCUUAGGAAGCAAGAGGAGGAGGAGAGAAAUAGAAGAGAACUUGAGGAAAAGCAAAGGAAGGAGUCGGAGAUAAUGAGACAGAGACAGGAAGAGGAGGAGAGACUCAGACAGGAAGAGCUGGAAGAACAGAAGUUAAGAAAGGAGGCUGAGGAGGAGAGGCUCAGGAGGCUGGAGGAGGAGCAGAGGCUGAAACGGGAAGAUGAGGAGAGAAAACGAAGAGAGCUGGAGAGGAAGAUGCAUCAAGAAAAAGAGGAAGAGGAAGAAAGGAAAAGGGCAGAGGAUAGAAAGAUACAGAUUGAAAAAGAGAGGGCAGAAGAACUGAGGAGAAAGGUGCAAGAGGACCUGGAAAGACAGCAAGCAGAGGAGCAGAGUAAAAGGCUGAGAACAGAGGAAGAGAAUGAAAAGGGGGCAGAAAAUCUCAUAAAUUUUGGCACAGAAGAUUUGUCUCAAAAAUCCGAGCCCCCGUUCUCCCCCUCAUCAAACACCUCCGAGAACACAGAGUCCCUCAUCGACAUCGUCUACGAUGACUUCUCAGUCCAGAACCCUCUGCUCGACGUGGUCUACGACGACUUUUCUGUCAAACCUAAAAGAUGGACCCCUCAGCCUAGGCUGGAAACUGCUCCCGUCAGCGCCUGGACGGCCAAACCUUUGAAUGAUAACGCGCUGGUCUCCUUCGACACUGAACCAUUGGAACCUCUGAGAGAAAAUGAACCGCAGAAGGUCGACAAACAGCUGGUGUCCAGUCCAACCCAGGAGAGCCCAGAGAAUGAAAUGAUGGAGGGGUUGUUGGUGGACAUAGGUGGGGAUGAGAAGGUAGAGAGGCCCAUGGAGGAACAGAUCAAGUCCAUAGAGAUAAUGACGGAGGAGGAUGAGAAAGAAGAAGAAGAAGAAGAGGAGGAGGAGGAAGAGGAAGCAGAGGAGGAAAACAUUAAGACUGAAGCAGAAAUGGAACUUGAUGUUGAAGAAGACAACGAGGUUAACAGUUACUCCACAAAUGACAAGGAGAAACCUACUGAGACUUUAUCUCACAGUGAAUCACCCAAGGAGGAUGAGAUCUCUGAACAACCAUCCAAACCUGACAGUCCAACAUCCAUCCCUGACCCACUGCCCGAUGUCUCCACUGUUAAUGAUGCAGAUUCACAAAAAGAAACAGACCUAUCUCCAUUCCCUGAGAUCUCUACUCCGCUCCUUGACACCAGCAACCAGAGAUCCAAAGCACUUCUGAGUAGGAGGCGAACACGAUCGCGGCCAUCUCGUUCUCUCCGAUUAGGGUCGAUUAAAAAUGCCAGAGCAGAAUUGAGUGUCUUUGAUGGUGUAAAAGGGGAUGAAUCAAAAGAAAACGAGUCGGACUCUGAAGAGGAGCCCCCCAAAUCGAAGCCAGUUUCUUCUCCUCCAACGUCGACUCAGAAAGUUCCUAUAUUUCCAGGUCUGAGCCCUGCAGCUCUGCUCGCUGGGAUAAAAAAGCGAACCGGUGGAGGAGCAGCUGCAGCAGAAGAGGGAUCAGCAGAUGACAGAGGAGGACAAGAGAAAGAGAGUAAGGAAGUCACUCCAUCUCCAUCACAAACUUCAGGAUCUCCUCGCUUGCCGGCACAUCUGGCAGGUGCUGCGCGGGUGCUGCCCCCUAUGGGCAGCAAGGAAGGAAGCCCUGCCUCUUCACCUGCCUGGUUAAAAGAACUGAAGUCUAAGAAGCGAAUGAGUCAGCUCAAUGGCGAAACUUAACCAGACACAAGAAGCACAGCUUAGAUGCUCCUCAGCAGGAAUCGGAUCAUUUCAGCUCUUUGCUGAUGGCACAGAUGACGACAUGAUUGCUCCAUUCUGCACUUUGAGUGCCUUAUUUUGGACCAUUUCCAAGGGAAGAAAUCAAGCUUCUUCUUUUUUUUUUUUUUUUUUUUUGGGGACACGGAGGCUAAAAAAACCUGUGGUUUGUUAAACAUGGAACACGGUGCCAAUGCUAUAUGCGCUGAGGCUGUAAGGUCUUACUGCCAGGUAGAAAACACUGUCCGAGAGUUCAGUGGAUGUUUGGGUUUACUUAAGUAGAUUUUGUUCUAAUAUGUGAAUAUGAUGACAUGGAUGAUGGAUUUAUGAUUUUUUUUAAACUAAAACAUGUUUCAGUUUUUAGUCCUAAUCUAACAUUUACAAUCAAAUGUGUAACACAAAAUCUAAGGCUAGAUAUGACGCCUCUUUUGAAACUUUUAGAAAUUCCUCCAGACGUCGAGGGAAUCAGACAUCAUCAAACCUACUGUAAGCAGCGUCCCGCAUAACUCAGAAAUACAAAGACAAAUGGAAAAAAGCAUAGAGAUGUACAGAAAUAUGUGUAUUUAGUUUAGAUUACACAGGUUGGUAUUUUUGUACCCAUUACACUUCUUCUCAAGGAAAGCUUGAAGCACUUUAACACAAAUAUUAGUAUAUUUCCACCCAUGCAAUGAAACUGACCAAUUGCAAAGUCAUGUUUGUUGUUUUUAACAAAGGUCAGGGAGUCUUUUUGUUUUGUUUUUUUUUACAAAUUUGUCGGUUUCACAGAAGUCACUUCAUAUAUGUAUUUUUUCUUUGGGGCAAUAACAGAUUCAGGAAGUGUGUAAGUAUAUGUUUGUGUGUUUUUGAGUUUUUUUUUUAAACCUAGUAAACAAUGUGCCUUUUCUAUUACUGGAAAAACUGUAUGUUAAGAAUUGUGUGACCAUUUUUGGUCGUUAUAGUGUAUGUUUAUUGGAAAAUGGGGGAACUUUAUUAAAAGUUUUUCUUUUCUAA